CGUCUGGAGUUUAUUUUGAAGGCCGGAAAAGCCUUUUCCACAAGCAUGGCGGCCCCUGUCAACAAGAGAACCGACUGUUGGAGAGGCCCAGAAGUGUACAAACAUCAUGAACAGCAGAGAGUUUGCAUUUCUCGGCCGAAAUACCGAGACGGGAGAAAGGCCAAAGCGGUUAAGGUGUACACCAUAAAUUUAGAGUCCCGUUAUGUGAUGGUUCAAGGGGUUCCAGCCAUCGGCGUGAUGACGGAGCUGAUCCAGCUGUGUGCGCUGUACGGCAUCGUGGAGGAGUACCGACCCCUGGACGAAUAUCCAGCUGAGGAGUUUACAGAGGUCUACCUUGUCAAGUUUCAGAAACUAACAAGUGCCAGAGCAGCAAAACGUAACAUGGAUGAAAAGAGUUUCUAUGGUGGUGUGCUGCAUGUAUGCUAUGUCCCGGAGUACGAGACGGUGGAGGACACCAAGCUGAAGCUGCAGGACAGAAGGAGUUAUAUAGUGAGAGCAGCUCGGAAUAGGGAAAGAGAAAGGACAGAAGCAACGCAAGAGAGUCCUACAUCAUCAGAUGCAACAUUAUUAAACAAAAUCCUCCCCAGACACGAUGAAACAUCUAAAAAUGAAAAUACCAGAGAGGCUUUAAACGUGAGCCACUAUUCAGAGUUUCCUCCUUUGCCCUUACCACCCGAAGAACAUUAUUCAUUUAGACAGAAUGUCCCAACAGAGGACAAAAUGGGAACUUUGCAUAAUUCAUUCUCUAAUAUAGAACAGCCGCAAGCGGAGGGUUUAGGCUCCAACCCAACCACCUCCAACUGGGACCAAGGCACAGAAGGCCGACUGGGUUCAAAUCCUAUUUCUGGAGUCAGAUUAAUUCCCAGGAUUGCUCACUUGGCAAGCAGAAAGCACAAAAUGGAAAGGUCUGAAGAGCAUUCAGCGAACGUUUCUGGAGAAAAUGGGCCGUUGAUUGGACCUAAACUACCGGAACCACCAAAACUGGACAUGGAAGACGAGUCAUUAAACACAACCGUUACCCUAAUCAGGAGCACAAUGACGCAGGUGGGAUCAAUUCCAGAAGUUAAAAAAGUUGAGAAAAAAGCAAAACCACGUCGCCGGAUAUAAACUGGACAGAUGUCUACCGCUGGCUGCUUUGGAAACUAGAUAUUUCUCUUUUUUGUAGAUUGCAUUUAUUUACCCAUUGUUAGGAAAAGUACAAGCAGAUAUUAAGCUUUUUAUUCAUGAUAGAUUUGAAGGUGUACAUGAAUAUGAGUUGUUUCCUUGUUCUUGUUGCUCUUGAAAUACAAGGUGCUCAAACUUCUCAAUACUCUGAAAGAUAAAAAAAAAAAAUGAAUCAGA